AGCACGCGAGAGCUAUCUAUAUAUACGCAUGCGCAUUGUGUCCAGAGAACAGAUCGUCGAUCGUGAGCACUGCGCUCGCUCGGUGAUGUUGGCUGUUGCAUUUCUCGUCCUGAUAGUGGGACUGAGCACCCACGCCCAACAGAAACAAAGUGUUGCGAGCCAAGAGUUCGAUUUCUUCGUGUUCGUGGAGCUGAGUCCCGGAGCAGAUGGCCUUCUGAUUGACGGGAAAAACUGCAUGAAUUGCACAGCAAGUGGCUCUCUGAACUUGACAAUACAUGGCUUAUGGCCAACAAGAAACGGCUGCAGUCACUAUCUACAAUACUGCAAUUCUUCUUACGAAUUCAACCUUGAAGAGAUAAAGUCGCUGACUACACAACUAGAAAAGUUCUGGCCUUCCCUGCAUAAGUAUGCAAACUGCACCAGCCACGAACACCUCUCGGGCAGCGAGUAUUUCUGGUGCCACGAGUGGGAGGCACAUGGAACAUGUGCAUGUGAAGUGAAGCACAUACAAGGAGAGUUUGACUUUUUCCAGACAGUCCUGGAACUGUUUGAACAUCAAAUGAACUACGAUCAAUACGUGCUUGCAAAACACGGCAUCGUCCCAUCAACAACACAUCCAUACAGAGUUGAGAAGUUUGUUGAUGCAUUUGUGGCAGAGUGGAAUGUCAAACCAGUGCUGAAAUGUAGACGGAUGGGGGAUGGUGAUCGCCAGGUUUUGGAUUCCAUCAGAACCUGUCUGAGCAAGGAUUUUUACACACAGACAUACUGCAAUUCUUCUUACGAAUUCAACCUUGAAGAGAUAAAGUCGCUGACUACACAACUAGAAAAGUUCUGGCCUUCCCUGCAUAAGUAUGCAAACUGCACCAGCCACGAACACCUCUCGGGCAGCGAGUAUUUCUGGUGCCACGAGUGGGAGGCACAUGGAACAUGUGCAUGUGAAGUGAAGCACAUACAAGGAGAGUUUGACUUUUUCCAGACAGUCCUGGAACUGUUUGAACAUCAAAUGAACUACGAUCAAUACGUGCUUGCAAAACACGGCAUCGUCCCAUCAACAACACAUCCAUACAGAGUUGAGAAGUUUGUUGAUGCAUUUGUGGCAGAGUGGAAUGUCAAACCAGUGCUGAAAUGUAGACGGAUGGGGGAUGGUGAUCGCCAGGUUUUGGAUUCCAUCAGAACCUGUCUGAGCAAGGAUUUUACACACAGACAAUGUACUGAUUGCAUUCUGGACGAGAGCACUUGUGACAAUGGAUUCUACUACUAUCCUGCUUAGAGGAAGCAACAAACACCAAUUUUAAAACAGACGAGAUCACUUAGUUACUCUUUUAGACUUUUUCUCUAACACAACAGUAUGUAGCUAAUACAGUUUGCUCUAAAAUGAAGAAAUAUAUACUCUAUAAUUAUACACAUAGAAGAGUAAUGUGAUACAGAUUCUACUGAAACAAGGUGUGAGGGGCAAGGCUGAUUAUGUAGUCAAAGUCGGGAGUGAGGUCUUCCUCCUCCAGGAAAUGAAGUGGGAGCUCCACCACAAGUCCCUGGAUCUUCUGCAGAGUCUCUCGAGCUCUCUCCACGUCCUCCUCCACCACUCCUGAGUUGGUCUGUUAU